AUGGCGUCUCAACGCCUCCAAAACAAGACCAUUCUCAUAACCGGUGCUUCAUCGGGCAUCGGAAGGGCCACAGCUUUUGAAUUUGCCCGCACAAGCUCCAAGGACCUCAGGAUUAUCCUAACGGCCCGCCGAAUCGACAAUCUGAAGCAGAUCGCAGAAGAAAUCGUCAAGGAAGUCGGCAACGGAGUCAGGGUGUUGCCUGUACAGCUCGAUGUCAGAAAUGCUGGCCAGAUCCGUUCCUUUGUCAGCCAACUACCAAAUGAGUUCAGGGACAUUGACGUACUGGUGAACAAUGCAGGCUUAGUGAAGGGCGUGGCCAGGGCACCAGAGAUCGCAGAAGAGGAAAUCAACGUCAUGUUUGAGACAAACGUCACGGGCCUCAUCAAUAUGACGCAGGAAAUCCUGCCCAUGAUGCUGAAGCGUAGAAACGGCGAAGGCGCCGGGGACAUCAUCAACAUUGGCUCCAUCGCGGGCCGUGAACCCUACGUCGGUGGUGGCAUUUACUGCGCGACAAAGGCUGCCGUGCGCUCCUUCACCGAGAGCCUACGAAAGGAGCUCGUCUCCAAGAGGGUCAGAGUCAUUGGCAUUGACCCGGGCCAGGUCGAGACGGAGUUCUCCGUUGUCCGGUUCUACGGCGACAAGAGCAAGGCUGAUGCUGUAUAUGCCGGAUGUGAGCCCUUGACCCCCGAGGAUAUUGCCGAGUCUAUCAUCUUCGCUGCCGGCCGUAGAGAAAACGUUGUUGUUGCAGAUACGCUCCUCCUCCCCAACCAUCAAGCAGCCGCUACUAUCAUGCACCGCAAGUCUUAG